GUUCUAACUAUGGGCUUAGGAUAAGCAUAUAUGUAUGUGUGUGUGUGUGUGUGUAAUAAAGGGCUGAAUGAGUUCAAAGGAGAGAAGCUGACAAAUCUCAGCUCUUCUCAAUCCUGCGUUCUAAGGUCUUUCACCGCUUGGACAUUUUCCGAUCCUGUUGGUUCCAGUUUCUGAUGUGCCACCCCCGAGCUGGGUGACUUUGAGCAGAUUUGGCCAGGGUUCUGAGUCUCGUUUUCUCCGCGUGUGGGAGGAGGAGACGAGUCUGGGCUGAGCCUUGUGUGAGGGCCCUCCCUGCUGUGACGCUCUCUGAGUGGGAGUGGGAUCCGGCUCUUCGACGCAGCUACUCUGAGGAUUACGGCACGGGGCCGGGAGCAGGGACCAGAGAGUCUCAUUGAAUCAGCCGCUGCUCUCUGCUGGCGGCGGAGCAUCCCCAGUUCUGCGCGCGGCAGCAAGAGCCUUGCCACAGUUCGCAGACCGCAGCCCCGCACCAUGGCUAAAGAAGGCGCGGAGAAAGCGGAGGAGACCGAGCAGAUGAUAGCCAAGGAAGGCGGGCCCGAGGCCGCCCAGGGCGGUGGAGGCGGCAGCAGCGGUAGCCCUCGGGCCGCGGACACGAAGGAGAUGCGUGCAGUGCUUCUGGCCGGCUUCGGCGGGCUCAGCAAGCUGAGGGUCAGCCGGAGGCCCAUGCCCGAACCCCAGGAGGCCGAGCUCAAGAUCCGCGUCAAAGCCUGUGGUUUAAACUUUAUUGAUCUGAUGGUGAGGCAAGGGAAUAUUGACAACCCACCCAAGACACCCUUGGUACCUGGAUUUGAGUGCUCUGGGAUUGUGGAAGCCCUUGGAGACAAUGUGAAAGGCUAUGAGAUCGGAGACCGCGUCAUGGCGUUUGUGAAUUACAAUGCAUGGGCAGAGGUUGUUUGUACACCAGUAGAGUUCGUCUACAGGAUCCCAGAUGACAUGAAUUUCCCUGAGGCUGCUGCCUUCCCCAUGAACUUUGUAACUGCCUACAUGAUGCUCUUUGAGGUUGCCAACCUGCGGGAAGGAAUGUCGGUGCUAGUGCACUCUGCAGGAGGUGGUGUGGGUCAGGCUGUUGCUCAGCUCUGCUCAACCAUCCCCAACGUUACAGUCUUUGGAACUGCUUCUUCCUUCAAGCAUGAAGCCAUCAAAGAUUCCGUCACCCACCUCUUUGACAGAAACGUUGAUUAUGUGCAAGAAGUUAAAAGAAUCUCUCCAGAAGGCGUAGAUAUCGUCUUGGAUUGUCUGUGUGGAGAAAACACAGGAAAGGGCCUCAGUCUUCUUAAACCUCUGGGAACAUAUAUUUUAUAUGGGUCAUCAAACACGGUGACAGGGGAGACCAAGAGCUUCUUCAGCUUUGCAAAAUCAUGGUGGCAGGUCGAGAAGGUGAACCCUAUCAAGCUGUAUGAAGAGAACAAAGUCAUCGCCGGAUUUUCUCUGCUCAAUCUCCUUUUCAAACAGGGUCGAGGAGGCCUGAUUAAAGGCAUAAUGGACAAACUCAUAGCCCUGUACAACGAGAAGAAGAUCAAACCCAUGGUUGACUCAUUAUGGGCCCUGGAAGAAGUGAAGGAGGCCAUGCAGAGAAUCCAUGACAGAGGCAACAUAGGAAAAUUAAUUUUGGAUGUAGAAAAGGCCCCAACUCCCUUGAUGGCCAAUGACAGUACAGAGACGAGCGAGGCUGGAGAAGAAGAGGAAGACCACGAGGGAGAUAGCGACAACAAGGAGCGGAUGCCGUUCAUUCAGUAAUGGUCCCCACGUCCAAUGAAAGGAGGGAAGAUUUAGUUGGAGGAAGGGACCUGGAUUGGGAAAUCUGUUCUGUGCGCCAGUGAACAAAUGCCGUAGUGCCGUGUGUGUUGUAUUUGUCCGCAGUCCACCAAGCUAUAAAGCUGUUGAUUGUUGUUUUUUGAACUUCAGUGCCCACCCCACCCUGCUCAGUAUCGCAUCUCAGCAUUGGUGUGACAUGCCAUCCCUCUUCCUUGUGUGAGUGAGGUCCACCUACUGUGGUUCCCUCUCAGUAUUCCUAGAACAGCCUUGUAAAUUAGGAUGAGCUCACAGGCCCAACACCUGAAAGAUAUUCCUGCUUUAGGGAGAUAGUGGACUCCAGGAUUCCUUCCAGCUCUUGAGAUUGUAGGAUUCUAUGUCAGGCAGUGGUGUGACAUGGCAGAGUUUGAAGACAAGGUGAAUUGUUGGAUUAAGGCUUAGGAUUCUUCAGACCAGUCCUGCUACUGCUACCAGACUGCUCCCAGUCAUGCCAUUGCUCUGACUUUAGGAUAUGCAGACCAGAUUGGCCCAAAUAAGGUAGGCAAGAAAUAAGUUUCACAGGUCAGUGGACUCUUGGAACCAUUCCAAUAGGGUGUCCCACCACUACCCCUUUACCUAACUCCUGGGCCUCCUCCUCAUGUUUAUUAAGUCAUUUCACACUCCUCUCUUUUGAAACCUCUUCCAAAUCUUUGUUCAUGGCUCUUUCCAGGAAGUAAGGAAAAGUUCUGUGAUCCGUGGAUUUUCAGGAAAGACGGUAUACAUGGCAUUGCUUGAGAAAACAGGAGGUGGGAUGGUGACAGAUGUUGCCUGAAGGUACAUUUAUUUCAUCUCCAACAAAAUGUUCUUCCCAGAAACCACAUUUUUAAUCCCUGAAAGCACGUCACAGACUGGGGCAGGUAGGAAACCCAAAUUAAUUCCUGAGAAGCUGUAAUUACACUUGGAUUUUUGCACACUAGCCACCAGAAGGCCAAACUGAGCUGUAUUUAAGCCACUUUCAGUAUUGAUCCCCUGUGGACCAGCUGCUUGCAGAUCAUGUGUGAAAAACUCAGUGGGCAUCUUUCUUUGUCCAGAACUUGUGCCAACCUCAAAUGUCUAUUCAUGAUCCAAAAGAUGAAUUUUUAUUGGCUAACGUCAGACCUCAAAAGUAGCCAUGUCUUUAUUGAUAGGCAGUGUUCCCCACAGAGCCACCAUUUCAGAAACCCUUUGGAAUGACUUGCCCUUCUUCAAUUCUUUAGUAUUUCUAACAAUCUGCAAUUUCAUGGGUAUGGGUGCUUUCUUCACUUAUGCACAUCUCAUCUUCUCCAUGCCUUAGUAGAUGUUCAUUAUGAAUGGCUAUGGCCAAAAGCAUUUACCCCAUGGUGACCAACCUCUGAUGAUGAGCCUUCCCAUACACACAGCUAGGCUGGUGCCCAGGUGCCAGACACUGUGCCUGGCACCAGAAGCAACAUGGCGGAAUAAUCUAAAUCCUCUUGAAAUCAUCAACCCAUCCUCUGUAUACCUCUAAGAAUAUUAAACAUGAAUUCCCUUACUUGCCGACAUAGCUACCUCCCAAGGAUGGCUAGAAUCCCCAGGCCUUUGACAGAACCACUUGAGAUUGUCUACACUAAGUGGCUCCAUAGACGGGCUCUCUUCACCCAAACUCCAAACAAACCAUGGCCAGCAUGGCCGGAUUCCUCAGCUCACUUCCUAUUCCUGUGGGAAAUAGAAGGAUUCCUUGGAUCCCGUUUCCUCUCAAAACGGAGGUCCUUAGGUCUCCCACAAAAUUCCAGGGCAGCCAUGAAGAAUGUUCAUCCCAAUUCUCCCCAAAGUGAAGGAGUCUUUGAUAAACUGUUUACACAUUUCCCAACAUAUCCUUAUUUCUCCUCCAUUGAAGUAGCCUAUUGGGAACCUCAGAAAUUAAAUUGUGCUCCUUUCCCAGCAUUAGGCAUGGGGAGGGGAGGGCAACUGUGAAGAUGCCUCAUUGUGCCAAACCCAAGUCAAGAAUGAGUUUCCCUUGUAGUGAGAGAGUGAGUCAUAGGGGGAUGGGAAGAAGGACCUACCCUUGGACGUUUACCAAAGGGCAACUUUCCAUGGAAGAUAAAAACAUUUCCCGGUUAGUGUCGAUAGGAUUUUCCCUUUUCCAUGUCAGAAACUAAGUAUAUUCCAUUUCAGUGCCAUUUAGAGAGAUGGGCAGCACCCUGUAGGGGUGUAACACAACAGUGACAAAUGUAGGGUUUGACCGUGGACUUUGUCCCGUUCUGUAGUUAUGUCUUGUUGAAUUAUCAUUCCUCUCCCAGAAACACAAUCAAGAUGGAGGCAGAGGGCAACCCUGACAGAGCUAUGCACCUCAUGCCUCCAAGGAGUCUCUGAGAGGUCCUGGAAAGGCCUUUGCCAGCUGGGGUGAAUCAGGUAGAAGCAGGAUAACCCUAUUGGAAUGGGAAGGGGAAGGUUCUGGGGGCUCAGAUUGGUUUAAAAAUGAAAUGGCCUUUGGAAGCUCUGUAACUGGGAAGAAAAUCCUCUCCAGCUCUUCCUGGUAUUGUAAAAUGGGGCCAGGGCAACUAUCUGCCAUUGUGCCAGUCAGAGACAGGAAGCUCAGUGCUGCCCCUAGACUGCCUGCAGUCACCAGAAGUGGUGCCAGUGGAAAACACAUCUGAUCAGGACACGGGAGAGGAAAGCAGUCAUGACCAAGCCAGAUCUGAUCCCUUGGACCGGAGGGAUGCAAGGAGGAAGGUCUUGGGAGGGAAGAUAACUGCUAGCUCCACCACAGUUGCUGUUUGUGUUACCCUCUUUCCAGUCAAAUGAAUGAUUGUUUUCCUGGAGCAAAGGAAAGUCUUGAUUUGCCUUAAGGAACUGUGAAGGCCUCUUUGGAACUCAAGCCUGAUCGAAGUGAUUUGAAAUAUUGUUUAAUUGUCCCUGUUGCUUUAGAGCUUUGGUUAUAUUGUGCCUAAAAAGCAAGUUAUGUUUACAUUAAAAUAUGAAUAAAAUAUCACGCAUAGCAUUAAA